AGUGUUAGGAUGAAGCUGAGUGUGGUCACACAUUAAAGCGUCUGAAACUGAUGGAUUUGGUGUGUAUGUGUGUGUGUGUGUGUGUGUGUGUAUAAUGCUCCUUGUUACUGGGGUAUACCGGGUGUGUCCACCCUGUUUGUGUGUCUGGGCAGGGCGUGCCUGUCUUUGUGUGUGGGUAUGUGAGUGUGUGAGAGAGAGUCGGGUGUGUCAGCCUGUGAGGGAGGAAGUGGGGUCGGAGGGGAUUAGUCACUCUGCAGGAUUUUGCCUAGCGCAGCCAGAUGGCUGCCUCCGGCUUUCCUCUCUGUGCUGGGUGGAGGGGGCAUCUGCAGAAUCCCACACUUUCUCCAGGUAGGUGGCUCAGAGAGCAAUGCAUGGGUAUCUGUUGCCAGCCCUGCCCAGCCAGGGACCAUGGAGAACCUUAGGUCAUUCCAUGUGGGUUUGGGAAGUUGUGUUUGGAGAGGGGACAUAUACAUGCCGAGUGUACACAAACAGUUACCAUCAGAGUUCCCUUUUUUGAGAUCUGGAGCAGAUAAGCCCUCAGGUGGCCAGUGAACCCUUGCUGUCCUCCAAUCAGGGACAGGAGUGUGGGAUGUCUUUUGCUGUCUUCCCAAACAGCCUUUGGGGUUUAUGUAGGUCUUAGGGCAGCUGGAGCCUGAAGCUGAUACAGGCAUGGGUGUGUAAUGCAUGUAUUUUAGACUUUUGUAUUUUAGACAAGUAGCUGUCACGAUUAAUUGCUGCUCAUAUAUCAACCACACAUAUGUAAAUCCUCACCCAUGAAAAUCUGCACCAGGCCAAAGCCCAAGGAAAUGUAUUUUCCUGGUUCUGGUCUUCCCCUCCCCCUCCUCCAGUGGGUGUAGGUCCCUGGCAAGGACAUUACCUAAGAAACAACUCCUCUCCCACUCUUACCUGGAGUCGCCUUGAGCUCUUGAAGGAACUGGCCAUAGGCUCAAGGACCAGGCCAGGGCCACCAAAGCUUCCCCCAGGUGAAGCUCUUGGAUGUAGCCCUUGGCUUUGUCUUGCAGAAAAUGGGUGACUUGCCCUUAGAUAUCAACAUCCAGGAACCUCGCUGGGACCAAAGCACUUUCCAAGGCAGAGCCCGGCACUUCUUCACUGUUACUGAUCCACGAAAUCUGCUGUUAUCUGGGGCACAGCUGGAAGCUUCCCGGAACAUUGUGCAGAAUUACAGGGCUGGUGUGGCGACCCCAGGGCUCACAGAGGACCAGCUGUGGAGGGCCAAGUAUGUGUGUGACUCUGCCUUCCAUCCGGACACAGGGGAGAAGGUGGUCCUGAUUGGCCGCAUGUCAGCCCAGGUGCCGAUGAACAUGACCAUCACUGGAUGCAUGCUCACCUUCUACAGGAAGACCCCAACUGUGGUGUUCUGGCAGUGGGUGAAUCAAUCUUUCAAUGCCAUUGUUAACUACUCCAACCGAAGUGGCGACACUCCCAUCUCUAUGCGGCAGCUGGGAACAGCAUAUGUGAGUGCCACCACUGGGGCUGUGGCCACGGCUCUGGGACUCAAAUCCCUCACCAAGCAUCUACCUCCCUUGGCUGGUAGAUUUGUGCCCUUUGCAGCUGUGGCUGCUGCCAACUGCAUCAACAUCCCCCUGAUGAGGCAGAGGGAGUUGCAGGUGGGCAUUCCAGUGACUGAUGAGGCAGGUCAGAGGCUUGGCCAUUCGGUGACUGCAGCCAAGCAGGGAAUCGUCCAGGUGGUGAUAUCGAGAGUCUGCAUGGCAAUUCCUGCUAUGGCUAUUCCCCCAGUGAUCAUGAACACUUUGGAGAAGAAAGACUUCCUGAAGCACCGCCCCUGGCUGGGGGCACCCCUGCAGGUGGGACUGGUAGGCUUCUGCCUGGUAUUUGCCACCCCUCUGUGCUGUGCCUUGUUCCCCCAGAAGAGCUCCAUACAUGUGACCAGGCUGGAGCCGGAGCUGAGAACUCAGAUCCAUGAGCAAAACCCCAGCAUCGAGGUGGUUUUCUACAACAAGGGGCUUUGAGAAGGGUCAGCCUCUGUCCCCUUCCUUACCUCUUUGGGCUGCUGCUCUGUGCCACCUUGCCACCUCUGCCACUUAUCCAUCUGCUGGUACUGGACAGGGGGCUUGGUGGGGGAGCAGUUAUUGAGACCAACAAUCUAGUAGGCUGGGGGAGGCACCCCCUUAGCCUUUUUCCUCUCUUCUCUGGUUUCAAAGAGAAGACUUUGAACACGUUCUGUGCUCGUGUGUCUAGUACAUACAUGCGAUACAUGUAUGUGUUUACCAUUUGGUCCCAGAAGUUAAGAGCAGACAUGCUGUCUUGGGAUGUUCUGAUAGCUGGCUUCCUUCCUCGGCCUUCUGCUCACCUACCAGCAAGCCAAGUUACAGGUGGGAUUUCCUUCCUUAUAUUCUUCUCUGCCAAGGCAUUUCUGACAGCACCUCACCCCUUCUGAACACAGGAGUCCUGAGAUCUCAGGACAGAGACUGAGGGACAUAAGCAGGCCAAACUGGCCUGGAUCCUUCAGGUUUCUGAGACCCAGCUCCCUAAGCUGGCUCAGGACCUGGGCUGGCAGGAGAAGCCAUGUUGGGAUCUGGAAGACAGGGGAAUUAUGCAUCCCAAGACCAUCUUCCACAUCCUAGAAUGGCUGUUUUCUCUCCUCAACCAGAACAAAGCAGUGUCGGUAUCCUGUACUUGCUGCUUCUCCCAUGUCCUCCACACUACAAUGUGGGCACCUUUAUGUACAACCUUUGGAGUUCUUGGUCUGCUUUGAUAUCAUGAUCUCAAAUAGAAAUCUGACAAUCCAACUCCUCCCCAACCAGCCAUGCAGGCACAGCAGGCGUUCCCCUUCCAGAGCUGCCACCAUCCACACCCACUCACAGAGGAACACGUGGGAAUGCUGCUUAAACUCUACAGGCCUCAUGUGCACAAUACAUAGACAGGGAAUAUUGUGCUCCAUUGACCCUUGUUAGCUAGUCACUGUAACCCUCUCUUUAGCAUCUUCCCUUUCUUUCCUUUUCCUUUUCCUUUUUCUUUUUCUUUUUUGGCAAUACUAGGGAUUGAACCAAGACCUGACAUAUGCUAGGCAAGUGCUCUACCACUGAACUAUGCCUCCAGCCCUUCCUUUUCCUUUCGGCCUAGCCCUACCCUCUGUCUGCCCUCACCCCCAAGAAGAGGACGGUCUCAGGCCUCAAUGACUGGACCAAAUGGAAGAUGGGUUUGGGGUUGGCAUGGGGACUAGUGAAUCCAGAGUAUAGUCAGAGCUCGACUCCAACUCCCAUGACCUCUGGCUGAGAGGUGGGUGGAACAGACAAAAAGGCCCCAGUGGGGUCCUGAGUCCACUUUCUGCUCCCCCUAUUUCACCUUCCCCAGUGAUAAAUAGCAUGGUUAGUCAAUAAACUGCAAACCUGUCUACUUCUUUUUUUUUGGUGGGACUGAAG